AUGGCCAAAUCAUCGCCUAAGAAAGUGUUUCAAUGCCAGUUUUGCCGCCGGAAGUUUGGCAGCAACCGUGGGCUCAAGUCCCAUACCUCCCAGAGUGUGGCCUGCCAUGCCCAGCUCUUGAAGACGCGUGCGGAGAUCACCUUGCAGCGUGAAGAUUCACUUCUACGCGAUGAAUCACCUCCCAUGUCGCAGUUCACAGACAUCCAGCCUCCAGCUGACAAUCCGCCAGCACCACUCCUGCGAGUUCCGAGAGUCGAGGAGAUCGAGGACGAGGGGGACUUGCCGGGGCCGUACUACGAUUAUUUCCCGCUGCCAGCAGGAUGCGUGAUUGAGCAAUGGUCACCUGCGGAGACUGUGUUCGAGAACUUGCGACGCAAGCAGCAGACGAAGAAACUUCCGCCGUGGGCACCGUUCGACAGCAAAGAGGAUUGGGAGUUGGCAAAGUGGAUGGUGACGUCGGGUGUCAGUAGACGGCGUUUAGACGAGCUUCUCAACUUACAGAAGAUAAAGGUUGGUGCAAAGCCCUCAUUCCACAACGCUCGCAAGCUAUAUCAGAAGGUGGACUUGCUACCUAUGGGCCCAGAGUGGAUCUGUGAGGUGGUGGAGAUCGAGGGUGACUUGGAGGACAAGAAGAAGAACAAGAUGAAAGAGGAGGUCGAGUUUUGGCGUCGGAAUCCGCUUGACUGCAUCAGGGAGCUUAUGCAGAAUCCGGGGUUUCGGGAGCACCUGCGUUACGAGCCUACAAAGGUGUACCGAGAUGCACAGGGAAAGGAGCGUGAGAUCAAUGAGAUGUGGACAGGCGAUUGGUGGUGGAAAAUGCAGGAGCUGCUACCCGAGGGCGUUACAAUUAGUCCUGUCAUCCUAGCUUCCGAUAAGACACAGUUGUCUCGAUUUAGUGGGGAUAAGCAAGCAUGGCCAGUCUACCUCACCAUCGGCAACAUCCCGAAAGCCCUUCGUCGAAAACCAUCUGCACAGGCUACGGUUCUGAUCGGAUACAUCCCUGUGACAAAGAUGCACUGCUUCUCGCAGAAGCUUCGCGGUGCUGCCGGCCAACAGUUCUUCCAUAACUGUAUGCGCAUGCUCCUUGAGCCAUUGGUCGAAGCUGGGAAGAAUGGUGUCGAGAUGCUCUGUGCAGAUGGCGAAUGGCGCCUUGUGUAUCCCAUUUUGGCUGCAUACAUUGCAGACUAUCCGGAGCAGUGUCUCAUUGCGUGCUGCAAAGAGACACGCUGUCCGCAAUGUGACGUUGAUGCUGAUGAACGCGGUGAUCCAAUCGCGUCCACACUACGGGAUCCUGACAAGACUGUCAAGCUGAUGAGGAAACAAGCGGACGGACAAGAGCCUGCCGAGUUCGAGACACUCGGGCUCCGUCUUACAGAACCGUUCUGGCACAAUCUACCCCAUUGCGACAUCUUCCAAUGUUUCACACCUGAUAUCCUCCACCAGCUACACAAGGGUGUUUUCAAGGAUCAUACCGUAAGCUGGGCAACUGCUUCUGUUGACCUGGGCAACACCAAGAAGCAGAACGAGCAGGAGGUCGACUCACGUUUUCGGGCAAUGCUGAGUCAUCCAAGUUUACGUCAUUUCAAAUCCGGCAUCUCCCUGGUCUCCCAGUGGACUGGCAACGAGUACAAACACAUGGAGAAGAUCUUUCUUGGGGUGAUUCACGGCGCUGUUGAUGCCAAUGUUAUCUGCGCCGUGCGCGGCGUCCUUGACUUCAUCCACUAUGCUCACUUUGAGAAGCACACUACGUCAUCGCUCCAGGCACUCGAGGAGGCUUGGCUUCUCUUCCAUGCGCACAAGGAUGUCUUCAUCGCAAAGGGUAUCCGAGAACACUUCAAUAUCCCCAAGAUUCAUGCCAUGAAGCACUACGUUGACCAGAUCCGCUCAAAGGGGACAGCUGACGGAUUCAAUACCGAGCUCUCGGAGCGGUUGCACAUCAAUUACGCAAAGAUGGGGUACAACUCAUCAAACAAGAAUGGUUACAUUCAACAGAUGACUCGUUGGCUAUCACGGCGUGAGGCACUUGACCGGUUCACUGCGUACCUCCAAUGGGUGGUGCCGGGAUACGAAGCCGAGGACUUCGGAACAGGUGAUGAUCAGGACCCGGAUGAGGAUGAAGAAGAUGGUGACGUGGCAGAGCAGGAUGAACUCGAGGAUGGCGAGGACCUGCCUGUCUUUCAAGCUCGGACCACUCACUAUGCUGUUGCUAAGACCGCCCCUCGACGCAACGUAACUAUUGACAUGCUCGAGCACGAGUACGGAACAACGGAUUUCAAAUGGUACCUCCAGGAGUUUCUAGAGAAGAACAACAUCCUCCCCCGCGACUUCGACGAUAUCGAAGCCCUAUUUGCCGUCUACAAACGUGUCAUGAUACACAUCCUGCCUGUCGAACAUGUCACUGAUGAGGUUACUCAAGAUCCUGUGCGUGCAACACCGCCAAAACCCGCCAUCGGUACCAAGAAGGCAAUUCCCCUGCACUUUGAUACCGUCCUGGCACAUCAAAAGAAACCUGCCGGUGAUCAUGCAGGUCAAGUUCUGACAGACUUGACACCGGCACGGGUCCGUGCCAUAUUCAGCCUACCGGUUGAAUAUGGCUUCUGCCAAAGCCGUUAG